AUCUCGCCUAAAUACAAACCCAAAAAAAAAAGAAUCUUAAUUUAUUCUUCUCGCCGCCGCUGUAAUGGGUCUUUUGGAUCGUUGCGCCGAUGUCUUCAACUUCUCUCACAGCCACAGCCACAGCGGCCACAGCAAGAAGCUCAAGAAAAACAAUCAACUUCAGAGGGUGGAGAUAAAAGUGAAGAUGGACUGCGAAGGGUGCGAGAGGAAGGUGAAGAAGUCGGUGGAGGGGAUGAAGGGGGUGACGGAGGUGGAGGUGGAGCCGAAGCGGAGCAAGCUUACGGUGGUCGGUUACGUGGACCCCGACAAGGUCCUCCGCCGCGUCCGCCACCGGACCGGGAAGACGGCGGACCUCUGGCCUUACGUGCCCUACGACGUCGUCCAACACCCAUACGCUCCCGGAACUUACGACAAGAAGGCGCCGCCGGGGUACGUCCGCAAUGCCGCCGCUAACCCGGACGCCGCGCCGCUCGCACGUGCCAGCUCCGUCGAGGUCCAGUACACCACCGCCUUCAGCGACGACAAUCCCAAUGCCUGUGCUUUAAUGUAAUCUUAAUAUUGCAGUUCAUCAAAUCUUUUCCUUUUUACUGGAAGGGCCAAGGUUAUUACUUGUAAAUAUAACACCUUUUUUCUUUUAGGAAGGUUGUACUUUGUAGCGUAGCUCAACUUGUAAUAUAUAUAUAUAUAUAUAUAUAUAUAUUAACUUAUUUGGAGUGAGAGAGUUUAUAUUACAAGUUUAG